ACCUGAAGGCAUCACUGUGUGUUCGCUGUGUGUGUUGUGUUAGCUGCUGCUGCUGGCUCCCCUCUGUCCUCCAUUAGAGCUCCAUCCUCGCUGUACGGCGCAGGCCCGAAGUAGCGCAGCCGCUCUGAGUCAUCACACCCUUGAUCCAGCUCUUUAGACCAGACGGCCAAUCAUGGACGAGCACGUUGUUCACCAGACUGAACAAAUGACCACCAUUGAAGCCAGCGCCGUAAGCCAACAGAUUCAUCAGGUACAUGUGGCUACCUUCACUGAAGCAUCCAUGAUGAGCGCUGAAGAAGAUUCAACGUCUUCGCCAGACGAUGAUCCGUACGAUGACACAGAUAUCCUCAACUCGGCUGGCACUGAUGAGGUCACAGCACACCUAGCUGCUGCAGGACCAGUAGGCAUGGCAGCAGCUGCUGCAGUGGCAACUGGUAAGAAAAGGAAGAGGCCUCAUAUCUUUGAAUCCAACCCUUCCAUCCGCAAGAGGCAGCAGACUCGUCUCCUUAGGAAACUACGAGCCACCCUGGAUGAGUACACCACCAGAGUGGGCCAACAGGCCAUCGUGCUGUGUAUCUCUCCAUCCAAACCCAACCCUAUGUUCAAGGUGUUUGGUGCUGCUCCUCUGGAGAACGUGGUGCGGAAGUAUAAAGGCAUGAUGCUGGAGGAUCUGGAGAACGCUCUGGCUGAACACGCCCCCCCUGGUGGAGAGCUUGCCUCAGAGCUCCCUCCUCUCACCAUUGACGGCAUCCCUGUGUCUGUGGACAAGAUGACCCAGGCCCAGCUGCGAGCGUUCAUCCCAGAGAUGCUGAAGUACUCCACAGGCCGAGGGAAGCCCGGCUGGGGUAAAGAGAGCUGCAAGCCGGUGUGGUGGCCCGAGGACAUCCCGUGGGCCAACGUCCGCAGUGACGUGCGCACAGAAGAGCAGAAACAGAGGGUGUCUUGGACGCAGGCGUUGCGAACCAUCGUAAAGAACUGUUACAAGCAGCACGGCCGUGAAGAUCUGCUGUACGCUUUUGAAGACCAACAGAUCCACCCUGCAGCAGUCGCCCAGCACCACCUCACCGCUGCACAGAGCAUAGCACACCUCGUGCCCUCACAGACUGUGGUACAGACCGUCAACAAUCCUGACGGGACAGUGUCGCUCAUCCAGGUCGGCACAGGACACACAGUCGCCACCUUGGCAGAUGCUUCAGAGCUACCGGGUGUUACAGUUGCACAGGUCAAUUACUCUACUGUGACUGAUGGAGAGGUGGAGCAGAACUGGGCCACCCUCCAAGGCGGGGAGAUGACAAUCCAAACCACUCAGGCCUCAGAGGCCACCCAGGCUGUAGCAUCUCUGGCUGAAGCCGCUGUCGCUGCUAGUCAGGAGAUGCAGCCUGGAGCCACCGUCACAAUGGCACUGAACAGUGAGGCAGCUGCCCAUGCUGUGGCAACGCUUGCAGAGGCCACUCUACAAGGCGGAGGGCAGAUUGUCCUGGCAGAGACGGCAGCUGCAGUCGGGGCACUGGCAGGGGUUCAAGAUGCCACAGACAAAAAUCAUGAAUACUACACUUUAUGGGCGGUGCAAUGUUAACGAGAAGACAUCUUAAAGGUCUUGUCCAGAUUCCAGUAAGCAUGUACCAGACAGUUGUGACCAGCCUCGCCCAGGGCAACAGGCCGGUCCAGGUCGCAAUGGCACCUGUUGCCACACGCAUAGAUAACACUGUCACCUUGGAUGGCCAAGCAGUAGAGGUUGUGACCCUGGAACAGUGACAUUGGUGAACCUGGAAGGAGUAGGAGGCACUGAAAGGCUGCCCUGGAGAUUUGUUUAUCCUACUGUUUUCCAAGGAACCACAUUGUGUACUAUGUCAGAUAUUUUAAAUGUACAUCUGCAGGGGAGGCAUUGCGUUUACUAUGUAAAGAUGGUUUUUUUUGUUGGUGUAUUUUUUCUCCCCUUUAGCGACAUGUUUUUUUUUAGCUCUGUGAUGUUGAGAAUUUUUGUAUUUAUUUCUUCACUUCAAGCAAAGAUGAACCAAAAAGCCCGGGAGGAAAGCCACCACUGAUUCACCCAGAGUGUGUUACUGUCACUGCUCUUGAUUUUCAUUGUCGUCUAUGUGCUUGACUGUUAGGAUUUAUGUUAAAUUCAGUGCCAUGGUUAGAAAUCACUCCUCUCUGUUAUCCUUAAUAUUGAUCCGUGCUCUAAAUUGUACUCUUUCCACCUUGACUCACCUGAAACUCUCUUAAUAUACAGAACAGCAUGUGAGCUGUAGACACUCCCAGACAUAAAAUGAUGAAAUAUAACAUUGAAACCCAUCUCGUUGUGUGCUUUUCCCCGUGCUGUUUUCUGUAGUCCACGCACAUGCCAAGAUUUGUGAAGACUCAGGAUAUAUAUUGAGGUUUUUUGUACCGCUCAACUGAGCUGUCUUCCUGAAGCAGCCAUACCAAAACCCUUCAUUUACAGAGCAUGGAUAGAAGCACCCCUCGCUGUUGAUUUUUCUGAACAUGAACUUCUUUGUAAGUCACCCAGGACUUUGUGGUGGUCUACAUCACUCUUUAUUUCACACACAUUUGUUUUUGCUUAGGAACUGCAGUAUUCAUGGCACAGAGGUUAGAAAAAGCAUUUUUCUAAAUAUCGCAACAAAACCAUAGCUCGCAAAAAAUGGACACCGUUCAAUGCGGCUGUAAUAAUUGGUUCCACUGUCACCAGUAUUUAAAAACAAAGUCCAAUAAAAUGGCUGCUGUUCACCA